UUACGUCAGCGGCUCGAUUGACGGCACACGUGUGACCAUUCCAGUGUGGAAGUUGUUAUCGAGGUGGUGUUUAUGAUAGACAUGGCGAAAGUCUCUAAGAAGAACAUGAAGAAGGAAACGAUUGUUAAAAAGAGCCGCGGUAUGACGGAGAGCAGCGCGGCGACGGAGCCUCGUGUUGUUUACGACGAUGGAGACGACGAAGAAGAGCAUUUAAAUGAGGAAAACCUCAGCAGUGAGGAAGAGCAGGAGGGCGAGGACGGAGCCAGCGAUGAGCGCAAACGGCAGAAGCUGCUGGAGGCCAUCAGCGCUCUCGGGGGUAAGAGGAAGAAUAAGCUGGGGGAGAGAUCUGAGGCAGCCGUGCAUAUGUCCGAGUUCACUGUCAACGCGGACGGAGGGGGCGACAAAGUUGACCUGUCAGACCUCAUAGGGAACAUAGACAAAACCCAAGCAGUUCCAAACAAGACCAAGAACCAGCUGAAGACCUUACAGCAAAAUGAGAAAACCAUAGAAACUCCCCUGAGCAAGCAGGAGAGUGAGAGGAUCCAGAGAAAUGUUGCUUUUCAUAAAGUAGCCACAGAAGUCACCCAGUGGAAGGGGAUAAUCCAACAGAACCAGAAAGCGGAGCAACUCAUAUUCCCGCUCAACCAGGAGCCCUCUGGCCCCAGAGCGAUGGAGACGGUGGUAACGUGCUGGAAGGCUCAAACCCCACUGGAGCAGGAAAUAUUUUCCCUCCUCUCUGCCAACAAGCAGCCCAUCCAUAACCCCAUCCUGACCCCUGUUGAGGAAGCUACACUGAAGGCCAUGAGCUUUGAGGAGGCCAAGGUCCGCCGUGCUGAGCUGCAGAAGGCCAGAGCACUGCAAUCCUACUAUGAGGCCAAGUCCCGCAGAGAGAGGAAGAUCAAGAGUAAAAAGUACCACAAAGUGCUCAAUAAGGCCAAGCGCAAAGACUUCCUAAAGCAGUUUGAGACGAUGGUAAAGACUGACCCGGCUGCUGCCUUAGAGGAACUGAAUAAGAUGGAGCUGGCUCGGAUGAAAGAGAGGAUGUCACUGAAACACCAGAACAGUGGCAAGUGGGCCAAAUCCAAGGCCAUCAUGGCCAAAUAUGAUGAGGGUGCUCGCAAAGCAAUGCAACAGCAGCUAGAGGUGAACAAAGACCUGACCCAGAAGCUGGUGACUUCUCUGAAUAACGACCAGGAGGAAGAGGAGGAGGAAGAAGGAGGUAAUCCAGAGGUGAUACCUGAAUUUGUCAACGAUGCAGAGCAAGGUGUUGAUUCUUCAAAUCCCUGGAUGAGAGGAAAGCUUUUUGAAUCUCCCACAGAGAGAGAGGUGAGCGACACAGUGGAUUUUACAGAAGAGGGGCCUGGAAUCAUGGUAAAUACAGCUGAAGAAGAAGAAGAUGACGAUGAGGAGGGAACGGAGGAGGAAAGGCUGCUCAGAGAGUUUGACCACAGGAGGAGACUGCGUCAGGCAGAGGAGGCUGACAUAGUAGCUGUUAUAACUGUGGAGCAUGAGGAGGAGAAUAAAGCUGCAGGAGCCUGUGUUUCAGUCCUGGAGGAGGAGGAGGAGGAGAAUAAAGCUGCAGCAGCCUGUGUUUCAGUCCUGGAGGAGGAUGAGGAGGAGAAUAAAGCUGCAGCAGCCUGUGUUUCAGUCCUGGAGGAGGAGGAGGAGGAGGAGGAGGAACUAUCCAAGUUUAAAAGUGUUUUCCAGGGAAUAGCAAACACCCAUCUGGAUGCUGAAGUAGAAAAGGCUGAGGAAACAGCUGACACCAACCAUGUGGACACCCAUCUUGAAGAAGGGCUGAUGAGAAUCAGAACUCUAGAGGAUGUGGCGCUCCUCAGUCAGAUGGAGUCAGUGGCAGAUCAAACACCUGUUCAGCCUCUGACAUCACCCACCACAGAAAACAUGCUGUCUACAACUAAGAUGGUGGGAAAAAACAGCAAAAGGAAAAGAGGGAUUGAGCUGAAACAAGUUCUGACCAAAGAGUCAAAAGUCAUUCAAGUGCCACUUGCUCUAACAGUGGAGGACAAGGAGGACUCGGAUGAAAUGCUAGAUCAGAGAGGGCUCAUCAAAGAGGCCUUCGCUGGUGACAAUGUAAUCUCUGACUUUUUAAAGGACAAGAGGAAGCAGGAAGAUGUAGGCAAGCCUAAGGUGGUGGACCUGACCCUGCCGGGAUGGGGAGAGUGGGGGGGUAUGGGCCACAAGCCAUCCCGCAACAAACGCAGGAAAUUUAGGAUCAGGACUGUGCCACGUCCUCCCAGGAAAGAUCAGCAUCUACCUAGUGUCAUCAUCUCAGAGAAGAGAAACAGCUCCAUCAGCUUACACCAGGUGAACUCAUUGCCCUCUCCCUUUGUGAACCACACACAGUUCGAGAGCACCAUCCGCUCUCCCAUCGGUCGCAUGUGGAAUACAGAGCAGACUGUCAACAAGAUCACUAAUCCUAAGGUGGUCACUCAGAUGGGGGCCAUAAUAGAGCCAAUGGCUAAAGAGGAGCUUAUGAAGAACAAGAAGCAAGUGUCCACUGGGAACAGCAGUGGUGUGGAACCAAUAAAAACAAAACCAAUGAAACACACUAAAAAGAAAUGACAAGUAUUUCUGUGUUAUAUUAUGAGGGCAUGUAUGUGAUGAUAAUCAGAAUAUUUUUGCAGCUAAAAUGAUUUUCACAAAUUCUGUAACUCUUUUGAUCUGGAGCUGUAAAUCUGUGAAAUGGUAAACUCAAGCCUUUAUUUGUUCACCUUGUAAUUUAGUGUCUUAUACAGAAGUGUAUUGUUACCACAUCAGCUAAAUAAAAACAGAUCACAAUCACAUUAUAACGUGACAGGGUUAUUGUUAAAACAAUAUAUGUUUCAUGUUGUAACAUGUUCUUACACCAAACCUGUGUUAUAAUAACAAUAUACAUAAUUUGUUCCAAUAAACUUUCACAUUAUAAAAAAUGUUUUUUUAGUGUGGCAGCAAUGCACAAUCUGUAGUCUUACACUGUGAGAUGCACUAAUUUAUUUCUGUAGUCCACAGUACGCACACCACAUUUAUACCCUGUUAUCUCAUAGCUUUAAAAAUGGUUGAGUGCAACUCCCAUGAUUGGUUAGUAACUAAUUCUUCUCACUAUUUGUAAACUGCAAAGGUCACAUCUUAACAGCUCUUUGUUUGAUAACUAUUAGUCAAAUAAAAAACAAUUCUUAAAUUCAA